AUGCAUGCUGUUGCCGUGGAAACAUGUAGGAGGACCGCGGCGGCGCUCGCUGGAGCCGCGAGAGAAAAGAUCGUGUCGAACGUGCUGAUCUUCACGUGCACGAACAUGGUGGGCGUGUGCACACAUUACCCGGCGGAAGGAUCCCAGAGACAGGCCUUUCAGGAGACCAGGGACUGCAUCCAGGCCCGACUGCACUCACAGAGAGAGAACCAGCAGCAGGAACGUCUGCUGCUGUCGGUGCUUCCCACGCCACGUUGCCAUGGAGAUGAAAGCCGACAUCAACGCCAAACAGGAAGACAUGAUGUUCCAUAA